CGGUUUUCGUCAUUCAGCCACCAGUGGCGUCGCGGACUCCUCGUAAAGCCGAAAGUGAAACAGUUGUAUUUUUACUCGCGUAGUAUAAACAAAGUUGUGUUUCUCCUGUGAAAAUGGCUAUUAGCAGAUUAUCAAUUAUCAAAUUCUUGGAGUUGGCGUUGACGUGCGCUUGCGUCGCGCUUCACUACCACAGUUACAAUGCCGACGCUGACAUCGGCAUGCUCGUGACGGGAACCUUCAUUGGAUACCUCAUUAUCUUUGCUGGAGCUGCAGCAGGGUAUAUAAUGCAGACUCCAUCACACAAGCGUAUUGAUAUCUUCUACUCUCUGGUCGGUGUUGGUCUGUUCGUCGCAAGUGGAGCUGUAAUUAUUGACAGAUACCAGCAUUAUGGAAGAAGUGAAAUCAAGGACAAGAAUCUCGCCAAAGCUUCUCUAGCGAUUAUCAACGGAGCGCUGUUGUUGGUAGACGCCGUGUUGACACAACGCGGUGGCUAGAUGGCGCUUUUAUAAAUUGUUCAACAUGGCUGAAUGAUUUGUAAUUUUUUAUUUUUUUAUAAUAUUUUUCACAAACGUUAUAGCUUAGUUCGGAUCAACGUAAAAUAUUUAAAGGCUAUGAUGUCAGUAAAAUUGAAAAAUUCCGUCAUUGUUGAUACUGUUACUGCCCGAUAUUUUAAGAUAUUAUUGUUUUUUUUGUCUUAUUUAUAUGCUCGAAUUUUUAUUGUUAUGGACCUGACCUGUGCGAUUUCACCACUCCACAUUAAAAAAACGCAUUUUAAUAAAACUCAGAUCAAGAGUGUCCACUAUAUUUAGGUAUACGUCUAGGUCAUUUAAGAGCUGUUUAAUUUAUUGUGAAUGUAUAAGUUAACAAGUUUCCCGCAGAAAUGUUGAUGAUUGAUGAUACUUUAAAGAUUUCACAGUUGAUGUAAUUCUGUAAUUUUUAUAAUAAUCUAUUUUUGAAGUUUAUUUUAGAUGCAUUUAUAUACGUUUUUUAUGAUGUUCGGGUUAAUGGACCUCUUUUAUCUCUUUUCUACCUCGAAAUAUUUAAUUUUUUUUAAAGUAUAAAACAUUUAAAAACAAAAAUAUU